AUGGUGCGGUUGGCUUACCAUCAGGCCUCGACAAACGCUUUUGUACAUGCUACACGAAGAGCCUCCAGAAGAUCUCCUCAGAUUCAGAAUUGCUCAGUAUACAAGAUGAAGGAAACGUGUAGCAGAAGUGUGACCUAUCGAAGCUUGAGAAUGACGGCUUUGUUGCUGGUCUUUGCACAAUUGCUACAUGCUUCGGCUCUUCCUGCUGCAUCGUCAUACGAGUUCACAGCUUACAGAAUGCAGCAGUACAGACUGCAACAGGAAAAACAUGGUUGUCACGGUGCCAUGGUUGUUGCGGAGGCACGUUCACCAAAUGAUUCGAGUUUGACUCGCCGCUGUGUGAUCAUGAAGCUGUCCGAUUUUACUUUAGAUCGCUUUCUACAGGCUAAAAGGCAGAACGCUGCAGCAGUGCUCAUACUGAUACCUCAGAACACCUCUAAUAUAUCUGAAGAUGUCAUCCAGAGUUUCAUGGUUACGGAGUCAGAGGCUUUGACAAUGGAGAUGCUCAUGCCUGUUUACGUGGUUCCUGAGGAUGAGCAGCUUCUAUACAUGUAUGAAGAAGUGAAGCAUGCAGCAGCCACAAAGUCUGCCUCCAUCCUGAUAAGAGUACUCCGAAGUAUGGUCACAACCACUGCAUUUCAAAUAUUGGUGAACAAUAAUUCCCCCAUCAAGGCCAUCACUGACAACUCUAUCAUUACAUUAGAGGGUGUGCUUCCUGGAGUUGGAGAGGACCCACCCACGAUUGUUAUCACCGCCCAUUAUGACUCGUUUGGUCUUUCUCCAUGGAUGUCAUAUGGUGCAGAUUCGAAUGGCAGUGGUGUCACGAUAUUGCUAGAACUGGCUCGACUCUUUCAACAGCUUUACAGUGAUCCUCGCAACAAGGCCCCGUUUCACCUCCUUUUCUUUCUUACUGGUGGUGGGAAAUACAAUUACAUCGGCACCAAACGCUGGCUGUCUGAAAACAUGGAUCAUGCAGAAUCCAGUCUUCUGCAUGACAAUGUGGCCUUCGUUCUUUGUUUGGACUCUCUUGGUGCUGGUGACGAACUCUUCCUUCAUGUAUCUCGACCCCCAAAACCAGAGACACCUCAGUUUAGCUUCAUCCAGCAACUAGAAGAUGUUAUCUCGUCCAGGUUUUCAUGGGUAAGGUUUGGAACCAUACACAAGAAGAUCAACCUGCAAGAGUCUACUCUAGCAUGGGAGCAUGAGUGCUAUGGAAUGAGACACAUCCCAGGGUUCACUCUGUCUCAUCUGCAAGACCCCAGAUCAGAGCGCCGGGGCUCCAUCCUUGACACCAUGUCUCAGGUGGACGUCAGAAAGCUGAAGCGGAAUGUAAUCAUCAUUGCUGAGGCCUUGGUGAGGUACAUGUAUAAUCUGUCAGACAAGGGAUCUCCAAAAGAAAUGCCAGUGUUCAGGGGAAGUUUGGAAGUCCUGGACAGUCGUAUAACUUCUCUGAUGACCAUGUUGACUUCAGUGCCACGGGCCACUCAGCUGAUGGACACAGAGCCGCAGCAGACUCUUCUCAUCGACAGCCUGGAGCAGGAGUUCAGACGGCACCUUCAACAGGUCUACAGACACACUUUCCGUCAGGACCACAGGGAUCCUGACAUCACGUUCUUCGAUCAAAUGAAGCAGCCAAUGAUGAUGUACAGGGUGAAACCGGCUGCGUUCGAUCUCUUCCUGGGUGGCUGUAUUGCGGGUUAUUUAGGAUUAGUGUACUAUGCAAUCCAGAACUUUGGAAAGGUCUACACAAGACUCAAAGCUGUCCUGAAGAACAAACUGCAGUGAGAUACAGAGGGACAUUGUGCGGAAGUCUUGGUAGAUAAUGUACUGUACAUGAAUUUAUUUUAUUAACCAUAUGGAGUGAAAUGUUCUUUCUGGAGUAAUAUUGUCACUCGUUAAGUGCUGGAAGAUUUAUUUUAAAUGAAAUGGAGAGGAUGUCUGAAAAAUUAUGCGCUUAAAGAGCUAAUUGAUGAUGAUUUUAUUUGACUCUCCACAUAUUUAUGCUUUCGAUAACAUUUAAAGAAGUGUAUAUGACAUGAUUUCCAUGAAAAAAAAAAUUAAAUAUACAAUAAUACAAGGUCCUGUGUGAACAAGCUUUUUUUAUUUCUUGAUUAA